CGAUGUGAGGAUUUCUCCCUCUCCCUGCCAAGGUGGCGGGCACAGCAUCGAGCAUCGAGCACCGAGCAUCGAGCAUCCAACAUCACCACCCAGGACACCGGCUCAUCACCUCCAUCUCGCCCACGCACGCCCGCGCCGCCUCCACUCCGGCACAGCUGGCCGCCUCCUCGAUCUGGGGUUAGUUUAGCUCCCUGCAGAAGCCCUGAAGCCCUGCAACCACUCGUGCUUGGCUCGCGCCCAGCUGUCACUUUUGUUCUUUUUUUGUUUGUUUUUGUUUUGUAUUGUUUUUUUAUUGGCCUGUCCUCUGCCCUUCUUUCCCUCUCACACGCCCAUACACACACACGCACACACACCCACCCACCCCCCCCGGCCUGCCUCCGUGGCCUCGUGGGCGCUUGCCUGCUCUGGGGCGAGCCAGAACAGUCCAUCCACCCCCUCCCAGAAGAGGGCUCAGCUCGGCGGAGGUCGCCCGAGUACUCGGGAUUCCUGCGGUCUGGACAAGGCCAUCCAGCUGGAGUCGAAAGGCACACACGCCAGCGCCGGUCCACUCCGUCCCAGGGGCGCCGCCUGCCGUUGCUCGCCUCCAGCCGCCCACGCCCACGCCCACGCCCACGCCCACGCCCACGCCCACGCCCACCAUGCCGUCGUCAUCGGCUAGCUGCGCGCCCGACGCCUUCAGGGGGCCCUACAACUGGUACUACAUCCUCACCAUCGUCGUCAUAGGCUGCGGCUCCAUCCCCAAGGGCUACGACGAGGGUGGCUUCAGUGCUGCCGUCGGCCUGCGCUCCUUCAAGGAUGACUUCUACCUCAGUGCUGGCAAGUGGGUGGACGACCCCUCCGGCCUCGCCAGCAGGAAGGCCAACAUCACCUCCUUCGGCGUCCUGGGCGCCGCCAUCGGCGCCCUGAUCGCCUCGGCCCUCACCGACCGCCUGGGCCGCCUGAGGUGCUGGCAGAUGCUCUGCCUCUUGUACAUGAGCGGCUACGUGAUGCAGAUCUUCUCGACCGGCAUCUACGGCUUCCUGCUGUUCGCCCGCAUCUGGGGCGGCCUGGGUGCCGGCGGCCUGACCGUCGUCGGCCCGCUGUACCUGUCCGAGAUAGCCCCUGCCAAGAGCCGUGGCAUGAUCGUCAGCGUCUCCAUGGUGUUCUUGUUGACCUUCCUGUCCCUCGGCUUCUUCAUCAACUAUGCCGCCAGUAUUACCAUGGAGGACUACCGUCCUCAGUACCGCCUGGUCAUUGCCAUCCCCCUCAUCCCCGUCGGGCUGGCCCUCAUCACCUCCCUCUUCAUCUCCGACACGCCCAGGUGGCUCGCCUCCAAGGGCCGUGGCGAUGAGGCCCUCGCCACCCUGGCCAGGCUCAGGCACAAGAGCAGUGAUGACUAUGAGCUCCAGGCCGAGUUCGCCGAGCUGCAGCAUCAGAUAGAGUCUACGGAAAAGCUGAACGGGGUUGCGACCUGGGACAUAGUCAAGGAGAUUGCUAGGACGCCCUCCUACCGCAAGCGCUUCUGGCUGGCCAUCGCCAUGCAGACCGUGGCCCAGUGGUCCGGCGGCAACGGCAUCACCUACUACAUCCCGCAGGUCUUCGAGUACGCCGGCGUCACGGGCGACAGCAGGUCCCUCAUCACCUCUGGGGCCUACGGCAUCGUAAAGCUGGUCUUCACCAUGAUCUUCACCUGGGGCCUGGUCGACGUCAUCGGCCGCCGCCGCUGCUUCAUCACCGGCCUGGCCAUGCAGCUUGCCACCCACACCUACAUGGCCGUCUACACCGCCAUCUGGGUCGUCGAUGGGGAGAUCAACAAGACCGCCUCCGACGCCGCCAUCGCGAGCGUCUUCGUCUAUGCCGUGGGCUGGUCCAUUGGCCUCUGCACCGUGCAGUAUCUGUACGGCACCGAGAUCUUCCCCACGCGCAUCCGCAGCGUCUGCUACGCCUUCAACAUGGCCGUGCACUGGCUGUUCCAGUUCGCCGUCGUCAGGGUCACCCCUAACCUGUUUGUCAGCCUGCACAUCUGGGGCGCCUAUGUCUUCUGGGCUUGCGUCUGCGCCGUAGGCCUGGUCUUGCUGGGGCUGUGGGCCCCCGAGACCAAGGCCGUGCCCCUGGAGAGGAUGGAAGAGCUGUUCGCCGGCCACUGGUGGAUGGGCUGGAAGGCAAAGGUCGACCUGGACUCGAGCGACACGCAGACCCUGAGGAGGUCAAGGGCCUCCUCACCCGUAGAUAUGGAGAGGGGCAAAGAGGGCGAGGCUGGCUCGCCUGGUGGUCCAUUGAGAUCAACACAUGCAACAUCUUGACUUUUUCCGUUGCUACAUUAAACUAGGAAGGGAUGACCCUUUGGCCUUGUAAUUAGAACAAUAGACUCCUUAUUUCGAUGCGAUCGGUGUUGGGGCCGUUUGUGGGGAGGGGAGGCCCGCACAAAACAACAUCUCCUCAGUGCUGUUCGGCUGGGUAUGCAU